AUGAAAGAACCCGAUUGGAUUAACAAGACAUCGUCCAUGUGUUUGCUUGGAAAUUUAGUUGAGCCUAAUUCGAUAACAGCAAGCUCGGGAUUGGAUUUGGAGAAGUUCUUUGUUAAAGUUGUGAAUUUAUCUCAAUGGGUUUUUGGUUUAGACUCGGAUUGUCAAGGAAUUUGGGUUGAAAGCGACAAAUAUUGGUAUAAAUUACUCCAACCUUCAACAGAAUAUCAAUCAUUAUUUGCUCCUUUUGAACGGCGUUGCAAUCUUUGGAUCCUUUUAAGAAAAUAUUUAUCUGAGUGGGUAGAUAUGUUGAAUGACUCAAAAGAAUCAGGCUCUAAUUUGGAUCAAAAAAUCAAGUCAUUGACAUUGAACAAAGUAUUAGAGGAGAUUGAGAAAAAUAAUUUUACUGAGGCUGAUCUCAUCAACAAUGCAAGCUUCAUUGCAGAAAAAAUCAAUGAAGAUGAAAACGAGUUUACACUAGACGACACUAAUGCAGCAUUAUUACCUCCAUUCCUAUCCGAAUUAUUGGACAGAGCCAACAAAGGUCCAAUAAUUGACAAUGAGGAUACUACUUAUGAAAGUGAUGAUUAUGAAGAUUUUAAGAUCGUAAUAGACGAUGUAGACUCAGACGAGGAGUUAGAAGAAGACUCAGAUUAUCGUCAAGAGGUUGAGGAAAGUGAUGAAACUGACAACUCAGAAAACGAAGAUGAAACCUUUGAACCUGAAACGAAAAAACAGAAACAAUUCAAAUCAAAACAACAACAGAACGGAGGAAAAACGACGAAAAACAAUAGAGAAACACCCAAGAAAAAGAAAAUAGAAGACUCUGAAUCAGAGAGAGAAGGAUCAAAGAAAAGGAAGAAAAUAUCCAGAAAGCAAAAAUUUUCAACAGAAUUUAAACCUCCUUCAUGGCUGCCAACUAUGGAUGAUUUACUCUCGGAAGAAUUUACUCCAGAUUUGUUUAGACUGCUGACUACAAAAUAUGAGGAUGGAGUUGAGCCUUCGCCAUGCCGAGAAUGCCUUAAACGGAGAAUUGCUUGUACUAAGGAGCGACCUCUAUGUGGGAAUUGUUUGGAGGCUGGCACUAGGUGCAACUAUCCUUCUUUAUUAGAGUGCUCUCCUUGCUUUCAUUGUUGCAUGUCAGGACGCAAAGUUUGUGAUCGACAACGACCAAUUUGCAAUAAUUGUAAAGAAAGAAAAACUGAAUGUUUUUAUCUCUCCCACAAGGAUCGUUUUUUGAUUAUUGCUGAAAAAAGAAUUCAACAAGCCAGAAGAAAAUACGCUCAAGAGCAUCCACAUGAACAACCCGAGUACGAAAUUGAAUCAGAUGAUAUUGAAUAUUGGAAAAUGCAAGUUGAAUUGGAGAAAGAAGAAUCAGCUAAACUGAAAUCCAAAGUAGAAGAGUUAUCCAAAGAACUAGAAAAGUACAAUCAUUCAAAAGCUGAAGAGAAAGAAAAAUCAGCUACUCUGGAAUCCAACGAAAACGAAAAUGAAAUCAUGGAUAGCACAUCCUAG